AUAAAGAAGAAACCUCUCUUCAGGCGCAUCAUAAUAAAGACCUUGUCUCUUUUCUUUGUUUGAACACGCGCCAGCACGUGGCGUCGCUCGAUACGGAAAGAGUAACAUCGAUGCUAUUGCGCUUCAAAACGUUCCGAGCAGCAUUUCUGUUCACCGCUGCCCCGUCGCGCCAUUAUUUUUAUGGAUAUACCCGUACGUUAUCUGUUCUUUCUCUCGGCGUGAUCCUCUUCGCCCCCCCCGUCAGCCACAUCGACGCGCAUUCGGAGUUUUUUCCUUCGCGGUAACGCAGCGAGCCGCGUCGUUGCUGUUUGACGCUCGGCGGCGUGUUAUUUAACAGGCCGUUAUAAAUAACUUGAAACUGAUAGUUGCGGAAUAAAUAUACACGAUAGCGGGUAAAUAGCGAGCGCGCGGCGAAAACUGAUUCCGAAGGGGACCACACGCGCGCGGGAGCCAAUAUUCGUCUUUAUUUUUAAUCCGCCGUCGAACGUUACGGUCCUUCGGGCGACGCACAGUGGCCCGUGGUGCGACAAAUUUCUUACGAACAAAGCUACGUUUUUUUUUUUUCUCUUCGCGCGCGCGAGGGGAAGAGAGAAAUUAGAAAAAUGCCCCACCCUUGCAGAUUUCUGUGCGUAAGCGUCGCAAUCGCGAAUACGCUCUUUGAGCAAAUAACGCCAGCGCCCGGCUAUCUUUUGUACGCGAAUGUUAUUUAUCCGUCUCGCGCGCGUUCGUUCCACGAUGCUUCGCUGAUCUUGGUUCGCUCCAACGAAUUCCUCUUGACGUCAUCUCCUUCAGGAGAUUCACGAUCAGAUUGACCGUCGGAGCGUUAGAUCAGACGACGACGAUCCCAACGAAGUGGUCGUCAUCGUGGGCGUGCUAGUAGGUGUCCCCGAACCGGCGCUGUCUGAACCAGCUCAACAGCUGAUCGGAGUACGAAGCGGCGGUGAACGGGGCCACUAUUGCACCACCACCCCGCGAUUGGAAGAAAUUCAAUUCAAUAAUCGUCGCUGGUUAACGGCCAGACGUUCGCCACACACGGGAGAAAAGCGUCUCGACGACACUUGAUAAGCGGAGUAGAGGAGAACGACGACAGCGACGACGACGACGACAAAGAAAAAAAGAAGACGACGACAAGGGCAAGAGGAAGAGGUCUCUUUGCUUGCUUGGACACGCCAUCAUGGUCAAAACUUUUCAAGCGUACCUGCCCUCGUGUCACCGCACUUACUCGUGCAUUCACUGCCGUGCUCACCUCGCCAACCACGACGAACUCAUCUCUAAGUCCUUCCAGGGCAGUCAAGGUCGUGCCUAUCUCUUUAAUUCCGUAGUGAAUGUGGGCUGUGGUCCUGCGGAGGAGCGAGUUCUGUUGACUGGCCUUCAUGCCGUCGCUGAUAUUUACUGCGAAUGUUGCAAGACCACCCUUGGGUGGAAAUACGAGCACGCGUUCGAGUCAAGUCAGAAGUAUAAAGAGGGCAAGUUUAUAAUCGAGCUUGCUCACAUGAUCAAGGAGAAUGGGUGGGAAUAAAUCGUCCAGGGGCAGGACAACGGAUGUUCACCCCGAUGCAGAAACACCCGACAAACUUUCCCCGAUGACGACGACGACGACACGCCUACAAUGUUGUUCUAAUUGCAAUGUGCGGCCCCCUCCCCUCUGUCAAACCACCAACGAAAGUCUGUGAUUUCAUUUGUGAUUUGUAAUCUUAGUAACUUUUUAUGUUUCGGACAAUUCGACGCUGUUUUUCGUUCUUUCCGAUCGAUUCAUCGAGCAACAAGCGAUGACACUGGCGAUCCGCUGCGUCGCGGAUCGGACACACGAAGAAGUAUUGUAAAGAAAUUAUUUUUCAAAAAACAAAAAACUAACAAAAAAAAAAAAAAAAAGAAGAAGAAGAGGAAGAAGAAAAGAAAACAAACAAACAAAAAAAAGAAACAAACGAUAGAGUAUAAGACCGAGAUGACGUUACGAAGCGAUGGUGAAUAUGAUGACGAUGAUGGUGCCAUGGUGGAGAGAAUAAGGAUCCGAGAUCGCUCUGUUCGAACAGUGGGGUGCCCCACCUAAUUUUUAAAUUCAUUCAUCCUCGCAAGACGUUUUUCGCGCGAAUGUCGACGAUAAAUGGUAAAAAUUAUCGCGCGGGGCACCCCGAUCGAUCAGUUUUAAUCCGUUAUGCACCCGGGAGCAGCGCAAGUGCCCACAGACAUUGCUGGACUGACCGCCUGCCUGCCGCGUCUAUCAUUGGAAUUUCACUGCCGAUAUUCCUAAUAUUAAUUAAGAAAAAUUGCUGCGCCGCGUGUAGUUGGCGACGCAGCGGUGGGUAGUUUUUAGUAUAGCUUACGAUAUAGCGUACUAAAGCCUAUGUUAUAAUAUUAUAGGACCUCAUGGACAUAGAAACUAAGGAAUACGUAAGAGUUAAUGAUGUUGAGAGAAGCAGAGAAUGAGAGUGAUGAUAGGAUAGAAAGGAAAGGUCUGGUAAACUCGUGUCGCGUGUACAUGUUUGAUUUUUAUGUUCACCAUGCCUGCCAAACUUGUCUGUUUGUCUGCCAGUCGCCAUUACUGUUAGUCAAGAGAAACAAAAAAUGGAAAAAAAAAAAAGAAACGUACCGUAAUUCUAACAUGUUCACGUUUUUUCGUCGGCUCUCGCAGGGUGUGGUAUGACUGAAUAAUAUUUUUGUUGUGAAAAAUCAUUUGGACUGCGCCUUCCUAUGCACGCUCUAUGAUAUAUUAAAAGUAAAUGAAAAAAAAAAGAAGAGGUU